AUGGAAUUGCUUUCUCAUAUUCACAUUUUUUUAUAUUUCUUUCGAGCAUACUUUCAUUGUUUUAUGUUUUUAAAAUUUUUAUAUCCGUUUCCUAACCAAAAAUAUUUAAGGCGACUGGAGCCCGCGCAUGCGCAAUGCUGUUGCAGCACCAUCUGUUGAUGGGUCCGGCCAACUAGAGAUAACACACUUUACACUCAUAUUUAUUUCUCUAUUUGCGUGAAGUGUCACUUUCGCCUUUCAUAGUAUUCGUGCGUGCUCGAUUCGGAGACUUCUUCAAACGCGUGAAAUCCGAAUUUUCGUGCCAAACCCGCGACUGAAUUCGUGAGAAAACCCAGCGAAAUUGUUCGGAAUUUCGUUGCGAAAGCAAUUUUGUAUCGUGCUCGGCGUCGAUUCGCGUGACAUCGUCUCGUCGGGAAUCGUCGAAUCGUGAAAGCAGCUGACCGCCGCGAGCUAGCGAGGGGCCCCUCGAAGUCGAAGUCGUGGAAGUUGGCGAAGGCCCGAAGUGACGAAGUCACCGAAGUGGCGGAGUAGCGAGAAAAAAAUCCACACGACCUUUUCCACCCUAGAAUUCGGCCGUGGACGACGAGACGACGACGUCGACAACGACAUCGACAGCUCGGCGAAGGCGACGACGACGGCUGAUCCCGAAUCCGAUCAUGGAGGAAACCGCAAUCGCAAAUCAAUUGACGGACAUCACCGAAGCCGAGCAAUUGGCGGCUGGGAACGGUGGCGGCGGCGAUGCCGUCGUCGAGGCGAAGCAUGAAAAUGGCGAACAGGUCCAAGUGCAGACGCAAUCACGUAGUCGGAUGGUAGUUACAUCAGAAGCAACUGCCGGCAAUACCGUUGUAUCUGUUCCUGUCUCAUUACCUGUUGGAUCGUUAAUAGCGGGCACAGCAUUCAAUGUGAUCACACCAGAUCAACUACCCCAUUUCAAGCAGAUGCUUUGCGUCGAUAACAAUGGAUUCAUAUCGGGGGGUACUGUAGUCGGCGACGUUACCGGUGAUAUCAAAGCCACGCAUAUUGUAAUUCAGCAACCAACGACUCAGGCGCAGCAGGAGGCCAUUGCCAAUAAUAAUAACACCUCUAAUACGAAUCACAAUAACAACGGUGGCCAAGAUAAUAGUAUGAGUGAGAAUUCAGGACAAGUAACUCAAUCAAAUAUGAAUUGGGUAGAUGUGUCAAGUUUGGAUGUGUUCACCGUCAGAUGUAAAACAACGACAGCUGAAUUAUAUAAGAAUAAGCUAGGAUCGGGUGGGAGGGGACGCUGUAUAAAAUACAAAGAUCAGUGGUAUACGCCCAGUGAGUUUGAAACUUUAUGUGGGCGUGGUUCGAGUAAGGAUUGGAAGCGUUCAAUUCGAUAUGGUGGACGAAGCUUACAAGCUUUGAUUGAUGAAGGAGUUCUCACACCACAUGCUAUUAGUUGUACGUGUACAGCGUGCUGCGAUGAUGAAACUACCGCAUCGGGACCAGUGCGAUUAUUCACACCAUAUAAACGACGAAGACGAAAUCAAGUUGAUCAGGAAUUAGAUUCAGCGAAAAAGAAACGAAUGCCGCAGCCUAUUAAAACAGAAGAAAUUAUUUUAGCCGACCAAAAUUUAGUUACUAAGGAAGAAACGUGGCAAAAUUUAGAAGGGAUGGAUGGCACAGCUGAGUAUUUGGACCAAACUUCACAACCACUGGUUGAUAGUAUACCAUUUAAACGCUUAGAAGCUGUGUACACAACAAUGGUUAACGCUACCAACGAUUUUAAACGACUGUAUCUAGAACUAAAGGACGUUUACACGAGACAAAUAGAUCGAUUGCAGCGUGAACGGGAUGCGGCUCUGCUUGCUGUACGUGUCAAUACAGAAGUUGAUGAUCCUAAUAUCGGUCAAAUUAGUGGCACUGAAUUGGUAGCUACAAAGAAGUGUGCAAAUUGCAAUCGAGAAGCAUUAGCGGAAUGUUCGCUAUGUAGACGCACGCCAUACUGCUCGACGUUCUGCCAACGGAAGGAUUGGAAUUCGCAUCAAGUUGAAUGCUCUCGGGAUCCGAACGAAAACGCACAACAAAUCAUGCUCCUAGUUGACGAUCAGGCAUAAUAGAUGUUUAAGAUGAACACCAAAACGAAAGUGAGUUCAAAACGGAAAUGAGUGAUAGGUGUUAGGUAAUCUUUGUUUUUUAGAUAAAUCGUCUAUUAUGUAAUUAUAAUUAUAUAUAAAAAUGAGAAUAGGUACUGCAUCGGGAACUAUUAAACUAAUUUUUAAAUAAAAAAAAAAUCAAGAAAAAAAUUGUAAAUGGAUAUUUAUAAAUAGAAGUCAUUUAAAUGAAAGGUUCAUAGGACAAUUUCAGUAAUAUUUUAAAGAAAUAGAAGCAUAAACAUAAAAUGUAGAGAUAGAAGAGAAAAAUUGGAUAAAACUUAAUUGAAACCCAUAUAUUUAACGUGGUCAAGAUAAACGAUUAUUUUCGUUAUAAACUUUUUACACUUUGAAUACAUAUACAAAAUGAAAAACGUUUGUCUUAUUUUACUGCGUAGGUGUAGCGCAAAACGAAAUGUUCGAAACAAACAAAAAGAGAAACAACAAAGCCAAUUACAAUAUGAAAAUAUAAUUUUAUGCAAAUGUAAUUUGUUAAUCUUUUUUAAUUUGUUAUUAUUUGUAGUGAGAGAAAGUAAAAAAAAUAUUGUAAUUGUAAAUAAACACAGGAAACUGAUAACUUAAUCAACUUAAGUAUUUGCAUUUCAAGAGGAAAAACACUAAAAAGUGGCAAGCAACACAUUGUACAUCAGACUAAGUCUUGUUUUAUUCACUCCUAUUUCUUUUGUACGCGAUCGAGAAAGCGAGAAAGAAACAAACCAAAAUAACAUACGUCAGGAUAUAUUUUCUUUUAUUCAUGUUCUUUAAUAUCCACCUAUUGCUAGCACUGUUUUUGAAGAACUGUGAUAAAAAAAUAUAUAAAUAAACGUUGUAAUGCGUCUUGCAAUAAUUUCAAAAAUUGAGGAAAAUAUUAUGAAAGGAAGUACACAAUUGUUUUCAUAUAGAAAUGUGAAAGUAGAUGGAAAAAAACGAAGAAAGAACGAAAGAAAAUAAAACAUUUUUAAUUAAGAA